GAAUUGAAUUUAUUCAUUCGGAACGUCGAGUGCCAGCUUUCGAAAAAGGAAAUACUUGAAGAAGCCGUAAACAGUGGCAGUGGCACAGUUGAAACUUGGCAAAGUUAAUUUCCACGAAGUUUGUGAGCGAGUGCAGGUCACAUUUGUCGCCAGUCCUACCCAUGACUUCCUGCAGUAUGCUUGACGGUUUGUCAAUCUUGCCUUGUGUUUCCCUAGCGCCCUUCCACGGCAUGGUGGGAUACACUGCCGCAUCCACUUUGCCACUUCCCUCGUGCGACCUGGAUAAACGAUGGAUGUGGUACAGUAGGAAACUUGCACUGCCCCAACCACCUCUCCGAAUACGAACCAUGUCUUUGCUCAGACAUACCAGCAUCACAACAAAGCUUCGUCGAACCCAUCAGGGCACUUAAUAUGAACCGACAGUUCCUAAAAAAUUCUGGGAGAUCCAGAGCCGUGAGCGGUCGCUCAAAGCUUCAUCGCGGAUUCU